ACUAGGAAGCAACCUGAUGAGCUGAAAGCACUGUCUUUACUAUUACAAAUUUUGAGGGGCGAGCCGCUUAUCAUAAAUCUGGGCGUGCUAGUCUGAAAUCUAGUUGCAGCAGUGAUGGCCUCUCUUUACGAGGGUGACACUAUCCUCCUUUCUUGCCCUGAAGCUAGGGGAUUUGUGUAUUCUUUGCCUCCUUGUUCACGAUACAGUACACUUAGUGUGUAUCCUGAUGAUGAGGAGAUUAAUCCGAAUGUUCACUGCAUUGCUUUCCAGGUUCUGCCUGAGUAUGCACAAGAAAAAUUGGUGUCUCCACUCUUGGUAACAAAGCCUGAAGAUAGAAAUUAUUUGCAUCGUGAAUUAGUUUAUGGAAGAAAAAUUAAACUGCUACAUCUUGCUUCAGGAAAGUACCUCAACUUUUCACAGACUGAAACUAAACCAGCAAUUCUUGAUGAGAAACCAUGUUUAUUUAAAAUGCUUUCACCUCCAUCAUCCAUAAAUAAAUCCCGAGGUGACCCUAUUCACUCAGGAGACUCUUUGGUUCUUGAAGUUGUCGUAAACAAAGAGCAUCGUCAUGUCUUGUGUGUCAAAAAUAUAAUCACUAAUAGAUUUGAACUAAAAAUGGCUGUGACAAGUUCUUUGUUCAUUGCUCAUUCACAGACUGUCAGUGAUGAAACUCUGUCUCCAACUGCCAUUAGGGGAGGAAGUGUUGUGAGAUUUUAUGACAUUACAAAUGGGUCAUAUUUGUGUGGUCAAGGAUCAACAGUGUCUAGUGUCGUACUUGAAGAUGGCAAGGAUGAAGUGUAUGCUAAAAAGAAAAGGACGUUACAAGUUCCUAGGCCUCCACCUGUGUCUGGUGACUGUUGGUGGCAAUUAGAAAAGUCAGAUAAACCUCUGGAUGGUAAUGGAUUCAAGUAUAAUGAUCGGUGUCGUUUGAGACACAUACCAACUCUAAAGUAUCUAGCACAUGAUGAUUCUAAUGAAUUUACUUUAGGGAGUAUAUCAGAACUUGAAACUAAAAAACUUCAUUAUAAUUUUUUUGUUAAAACAGCUCUUGAUGAUAAUGUAACUGGUGAUAUUCUUAAAGGUUCAGCUGUUAGGAUUGCUAUGAGUAUUGCAGAUGAUUGCCAGUACUUGUGUUGUGAUGACAGAGAAUGCAGUUGGCCUAGAAAGAAUUUUGAGAAGAAAUCAAGCGGUACAAAAAGUUUUAAGAUAUCCUUAAGUGUUGCAGGAAGUGCUUUCAAGAUUGAUGAGGUCAAAGCAAAGCACAUUCAUGAUCUUUAUUAUGUUGAGAGUGUCAAGGAUGUUCUUGACAAGUAUCUUUCAAAACAAAAGAGUGGUGUUGCACUAGUUGAAUUGGAAUCUACACUGAAUGAUUUGAUGAGGAAGCUUAGAAAUAGCCCACCUCAAAAUUUAAGGAUUUAUAUCAAAAUGCUGUGCAAUUCAAAAGUCAUUGAUGUACUUGUCUCUUAUCUUGAACUGGAUCCUCAAGACAGAACACAAAGUUUAUUAAAGCUAAUUUGUCAGACAUUAAAAGAGAUUGUUAAUGUUAGAAGUCGUCGCUCAAAAUGUUAUAUAGCCAAGCGAUCAUUUAUGAAUAUUUAUUUUAAAAAGCUUGGCAAAGGACUAGGUGUUGAAGCUUUGCUGAUAAAGCUUGUUAAUGAUGAAAGUGACAUUGCAAAAAAUGUUGUUGAACAUUUUGGUGAUAAAUUAAAAGAUUCUUCUUGGAAUUUUAGCCAACACUUGGAUGUCAGAACUUUGAAGCUGCUUUCAGUUCUCUGCUAUACUGAAGAUUGCCCAGAAAAAAAAUUUCAAGAUUCUAUUCUGAAGCUUGUAAUGGAAAAUAUGGAUUCAUUCUACUGGACAAAAAUUGGGAAUGAUGUUAAUGCUAUUCAAAAUGGGAAUCAAGUGGUAUACUUUUUGAAGACAAAUGAUGAAGAAAACAAAACAAAUCUUUGCUCUGCUGCAGCAUCUACUUGUGAGGGCUUUAGUUUUUUUGUGGCUCAAGUUUCCCUGUUAAGUCAUAUUUGUAAAGGUGUCAAUGAAACUGCUAUUGCUACAGUUACUAAAUGGUUUCCCAUUGACCAAGCACUUAUUGUUUUGAAGGAUCCUAACGUUCACUCAUUAGCCAAAGCAGCUUAUCUGGAAUUAGUCACAUCUCUUUAUUUGGAUGAGAUCAUACAGAACAGUGGAGUUGAUAUUGAUGGCAUCUGGCAUUGCUUUCUAUGGGAGAAGUUAAACCAUAAAAACAAAGAGCCACUUUAUGGCACUAAUGUAACACCUAACCUACUUACAUCUGUAAAGAAACAAUUUAAAAAUCAUGAAAAAGUGAGCGAACUUUGGGUUAUCAUAGAAUCAGAGCUAUCAAAGGAAAGUAAUUUACGUCUUAGUGAAACUCAAGAAUACUUUAAUCAAAUGCUAGCUGUUGUAGAACUCAUUGCUAAUUAUGGUUACUGCUGGAAUGUUGGUCAAGCAACAAAGUACAUCAGCAUUGACACCAUUGUUGAUAUUUUAGAGAAAAUUGAAACUGAAUAUAAAGAUGUUGCUAACUCUGACUGUCAUGAACCAAACCCAGGAUAUAGACUUUUAAUGAUUAAGGCUCUUAAAGUGAUAGAUAUAUUUUUUAAGCAGUUCAUAUAUCUUGCUCUUGAGAAAUUUUUGUAUUUCUUUUCGGAAUGUAAUAAUCAAGAAUUUUUGUGGCAUUUUUUGCUAAAUGACAAUGCUCCAGAGCUGACCUCUGAUCAGACUAGUCAAUUUUGCAAACAAUUAAGUAACAUGUAUGAAUUUGAUGAGUACAAAUAUUUUGAUGUGACUACUGAACAGAAACUUGUAAAAAUUCUAAGACGUCUGAUGAAUUGCAAGUUUGAUGACCUUAAAUCUUCUGCUGCCACUUUGCUUUAUUGCAUCUAUGAUAAGGAGCAUAUUAUGUUCAAUAAAGCUGGCGUGAGUUAUAUUGCAGCUAAAAGUACAGAAACUGUUUAUGCUGAUAUAAUCAAGUAUAGCACCUUUAAUGAUAACAAGAAAGCUUUCUUUUUAUUGUCACAAGGAAUUGCUAAAGAAAAUGAUUUGAAACUAGUUAUCGAGGGUUUAUGUAUAGCAAUGAUGAUUGAAAAAGAUGAAACAGAACCAAACAAAUCCACUCAAGAUAUUGCCUUUUCAUCAAGUUUAUGUAAAAUUUUGUUGGACUAUGUCAAUAAGUAUUGUAAGAAACAUGACGAAAGUCAGAGGGAAAUUCUUAAGUGGUCAUGUUCUCUUCUUCAAAGAGUCUGUAGAAAAAAUCAAGAAAUUCAGACUCACAUUCGUAACGCCUGUAAAAACUUUAAAAGAACCACAAUUGCUGUCUCUUCUGUAGCACGAUUAUUGACUGAAGUAUUUACUAAUAAUUACUGUGAAGUAACUGAAGCAUAUCUGGAAGAGUUAUACACUGUAGCAUGUACGUUUAAUAGUGGUGACAUGUAUCAGACGAAAGAUGGACCAGGUUGCUUGGAGUUUUUAACUGUUCUGGAAGCCAUAAUGAAGCCUUAUAAAGCUACUAAAGCAGCUUUUGAAAUGCACCAGCAAUACAUUAUAAAGUUAUAUCAUGCAAACUAUGCUGAUCAAUUUGGUGAAAUUGUUAUGAAGGAUGAUGAUGCAAGUGCCCUGUCAACGAGAAGAAUCAUUGUUCUCAAAAAAAGUCCUAAUGACGACUUCGAAUUGCUGAAAUUACUUCAUGUGACUAGUUUACUAGCUACUUGUUGUGUUGGACGUGUGAAGCCAGUUGAAGUUAGAAUUCGUGAUAUCUUUCCACUAAAGGAACUAGUAGGUAUAAUUACCAGUGAUAUUCCUGCAAUUGUACGUAAGAUACCAUUUGCUCGGCUUUUAGUUGGAGCUUAUCUUGACACUGAGACUGACUCAAUCACAUCAGUUCACCAAAUAUCAGAAUAUGAUGACUUUUGGAAGCAUAUUGAAAAUAUUACUACGGCUAUAUCAAAAAUUGAUCUUAAAGAUGAAGAAAAGGGAAUUCGAAUGAAAAUAUAUAUAAAGAAAGUGUUUGAAUAUUAUGAAACUUGGAAUGAGGUAUUUAAUCCUCAAUUUAUUGAUGAUGAUACUGAAAUUGAAGAAAAAGAGAGAAAAGAUAUGUUUACUCUUCGCUACUUUGUUGAAGGACUUGGUCCAUUAGUGAAAACAUUCUGCAAUGCACUGGCUUUACUUAAAAAUGAUAAAUUAGCCGAGGAAGAGUAUAGCAUCAUGAUUGAGAAAAAGUCCCUAGGCACAGAAGUAACAAAUAAAGAGGUGCUUUCUGAUCUUGGCAAAAAUUUAAAAAAAUUAUUAGUGAAAUACAAAAAGAUAUUGAUAACUACUCAGGAUCAAUGCAAUUUCUGGAGGGACACUCUUGAAUCAAUUGAUAACGCUUUACCUGUUAGAACAAUUUAUCAUUGUGUGACUGAUGAUUAUAAGGAUAGUGACUCUGAAGAAGUCAUCAAAUAUAAAACUGAAUUGAAAGAUCAGCUGAAACUAAUGAAAAAUUACAAACACUUCAUAAAAAGAUGUAGAACAAUUUACGAAUUGAAGCCACCUUCUAGCAUUGUUCCAUGUAGAGACCUCUUAUGCUCUGAAGAACUGAUGCCUAGAGGUGCUUCUUUUGCAAUGUUAAUUGAAUUUUUUUCUAAUGAUAGUACUCCAGAUUUGCUAGAGAAAUUUUUGAAUGUAAUAUAUUAUCAAGCUCAAAGUACUGCUGCUAUAGAAUCUACACACUUUACUGCAAUGAGAACCUUUCAAAUUAUUUUUGGUAUAUUUUAUCACAAAAUGAAAUUGAUGGACCAAAGAUGUUGGGAUAAGAAAGUAGCGGAAAAAGUUCAAAAUGACUUUAUAGACAAAAAAUACCAAGAGCUGAUUCUGAAGCAACUCACUCGUGACAAUAUUCCACUGUCAUUGCCAAUACUGGGUAUACUGUGGGCUCUUGUGUAUAAUGAAAAUAAAACUGCUCAAGAUGCUAUAUAUGUUAUCAUUUCUGAAGAUCCAGUUUUUUUCCUCACAAUUCACAAACUGAUAUCUGUUUUGCUGCAAUAUAAUGAUCAAACAAAGGAGUUCUUGACUAUAGAAUCCAAUGAAACACAGUUAAAAAAACAAGAGCUUUCUCAAUUUCAUCACCAGGGUGAAACUCACAUAGUGUUUGAACAGCAAGAACAACCAGAUGCAGAAUUAAGUGAUGAUUUGUUACCAAUGAUCCAAGACACAUCAUUUCUGGAAAGCCCAAAUGUGACAAAAGAAUCUGCUGUAAAAUCUGCUGUUGAAUCUGCUGUUGAUUUGGAUGAUGGUGCUCUUACCAGAGCUGGAAUUGCAUUGACUUUAAUAUCAGGACUUUGUGAUGGACAGAACAGAAAGCUACAGGCAAUAAUGAAGAAACAGGAACAACUGUUGACAAGUGUUAAUGUCAUUAGUGGAGUAGCUGCUCUGAUGCAAACAUUAGUGGAAGCAAAACAAAGUGAUCCUGUUAUUGACACUCUCAUGAAGACAAUUCAAUGCCUUAUUGAUAUGUGUGCUGGUAACUUCAGUAAUCAGCAUAUGGCACUGAAUGGACAAGUUGUGGAUUCCAUUAAUGACAUUUUGUCAUUAUCAGAUACCAGUGUUAUCAAAGUACAGUGUAAAGCUAUUGAUUUAUUAGAAAUUAUAAUUGAAGAAACUAGUAAAGAUAGCAGUUUCAUCAUUGAUGCAGUAUCUAAAGACCUCAAUAUAAAUGUUGUGACUACCUUCAUUAUAAGAAUCCACCAAAGAAUAAAUUUUGAAAGAGAAUCAAAAGAAAUGCUGGAACAUGGCAUGUACAAAGCAUAUCAUGUAUUAAGGAGUCUAGCUGAGCAUACUCAUACUGAAUUUACCAAAUUUGUUGAAUUAAAAGAGUUUAAUGAAGAAGAUGAGAAAUUAUUUAAUGAACUAGACGAAGGGACUUACAGAAUUGAAAUAAAUUACGUUACUAAAGAAAAAGAUAAAAUUUUAAGAUCAGUCUACUUCCCUUUUCAAGAGCAAAGAACCCUAAAUGACAAUGAGAAGUCUGAAAUGCAAGAUAAAUUGAGCAGAGAUUCUCAAAAAGAUAGAAAUAAAGACCUUAUGAAAUGGACAAAGUCUGUUUAUAAGAGUGAUGAGCACAAAAGACGCCUGCAAAAAUUUUAUAUUUGGAAAAUAGCAACCUUUUUUUCGACACCACGCCAUCAAAUCCUGUUUUUAUUGACUAUUGUACUCAAUCUUUUUAUUCUUGGAUCUUUCAAAGUGCCAUCACUAGCCUGUGAUAAAUCCGGCAACACUAGCUCUGAAAUCAGUAGCCUUUUAUUAAUUCCAUAUCCUUGGAUGUGUUGGUCAACUUAUUAUUAUGUUUUACUUUAUUUUUUUGGAUUUUUCCAUGUUAUACUGAGCUUGUGGAUGGUAGUUGAAUACUUUGUCAGAGGAGCUCCUAAUUUUGUCAUCUUUAUUCCAUUCUUGCCAGAUAGAUUGUAUAAAAACAAUGAGAAAUGUUUUCAUCGCUUUAAAGUGAAGCAAUCAUAUGAUUGCUUUGAAGUUUCUUUUCUAAGCUUCGGUCUCAUAUACAGGAUAGUGUUUUUGUGGUCUUCCAUUGGUAGUCUUGCAACAUUUGGAUACCUGUACUGUCUCUGCUUACCUUAUGUGUUCAUUAAUUUUGAUGUUUCUCAUUAUGUAGCAUCAGCUUUAAGAAAGAGAUAUAGGCAACUGUUACUGAUGGCUUUUGUCAUAUUGUCAGUUCUGUUCAUCUAUGCUGUCCUCUCUUUUGCUAUAAUGUCCAAUUUCUUUGAUCCUGAUGAAGGUCACUACUGCAGUACUCUAUGGCAUUGUUACAUUACCAUUAUCAGAGUAGGACUUCUUGAUGGACUUGGUUCUCUACCUGUCAAAUUAACUAGCAAUAAUGAAGGAAACUUUAAUAUCUUCUUUUGGAGAUCCAUUAUUGAUCUGUCAUUCUUUGUUAUUGUGACAAUAAUUUCCCUUGAAGUGAUCACUGCUAUACUAGUGGACACUUUCUCAGAGCUGCGACAAAAGAAGGAUGAAGCUGAGAAAGAUCAAAAGGAGAAAUGUUAUGUUUGUGGUAUUGCUAGUGAUAAAUUUGAGAAGAAUGGAAAGGGGUUUGAGGAGCAUUAUCGUAAUGACCAUAAUAUUUAUAAUUACAUUUACUUUGCUCUUCAUGUGAAGUCUAUGCGCUCUCAAGAUCACAAUGCUGCUGAGAAACAAGUUUUUGACAUGAUCGAAAAAGAUGAUACAUCUUUCUAUCCACGUAAGGCUAUGAUUCUGAAAAAAAAGUAGCAACAAUGAGCAACAAUGCUCCCUUUUUCUACCAUUUUAUAAGCUGGUUUUAUACUGUUUGAACUACAUUAAUUAAGUUUUACUUUCUUCAAAAUUACUUAAAUUAGUGUUUUUCAUUAUUAA